AUGAAGGUUGUGACGUUGCCGCCCGCUAUAGCCACGUUCGUUAUAGUAGUCCUCGGCGAGGUGAUUCUGAGAGCACUUCGGCGCUUCCUCCCGGAGAACCUGUCAGCGCGCAAAGAGGCGGCUCUUGCGGCGGAAAUAAAGCGCCUAAAGAAAGAGGCGAAUCGGCUGAACACCCCCAGCACCUUCUCCCGUUCUGCUCUGCUAACUCGCACCGCCACCGCCAAGGAGAAAGAGCUGAACGCCUUGAAGGCACAGCCAUCUCGUGUCUGGUGGACGCUGAUUCGCUUCGUCCUCCCAUACACCAUACAGGCAUGCGCGUAUGUGCUGCUGGUGCUCUCAUUCCGCUCCAAGCCCGUUGUCAUUCUGCCGGUGGACGUUGUCUAUCCAUUUGGAUCAAUGCUCGCAUUCCCCCAUGGAGUCAAGUGGCAAGGAGGCGGUGCUGUCUCAGUGUUUGCUUGGCUGGCGCUCACGUCAAGAGUAGAAGUGCUCAAGCAAGAGCAUUGUAGUGACGAGCCGUUGCUCGUUCUUACGAGAUAUCAACCGCCUUUUGCGGACAGCCAUUCCGUGAAACGCGUCUCCCACCGCGACCGAAUGCCCGGCAUGGCUCGUCUGCUUGACCCAGUCUUUCCGCGCACUUCCUCGCCCACACCAUCUCCAUUGCCAGCGCAGCGCAGCACCCCUUGCCACGUUUCCGCCGCGCCUCGAAAGCUUCUCCGCCUGAACCCCCACGUUGCUGCGCAUGUGCCGCGCUCUUCGGAUGCGCGUGGGGAGCGCGCGCCUCGUAUACUCGGGCCAGACCUGUUUCAGCGACGUCUCGCGAAAGACAUUCGCAGCGCUGCUUUCGCAAGCCUUCGCCUGGGACCUGCCGUUCAUGCGGCAGGGCGACUCACAUGCCGCCGCUCCGCGGCCUCUGUACGGGUCAACGCGGUCAACGCGGUGAAUGUGGUCAACGCAGUCAAUGCGACCAGCGCGAGUGAGGUGGAGGCGAGAAUUGCUGUGGCGGCCAACACGGGCGCGUUGGACCUUAGCGACUGCGGCCUGACGGCCAUCCCCCCAGCUGUCCUGCAGCUCUCAGAUCUCACCGACCUCUCUCUGGCCGGCAAUCAAAUCGAAUCCAUCCCUCCUGCGAUCGCCAACCUCUCCAAGCUGCGCCGCUUGGGCCUGGCAGGCAACAGGCUGCAGCGGCUGCCACCUGAAAUCGGCCAACUGACCCAGCUGGAGGGGCUGUGGCUUCACGGGAACCUGCUGCACGAGCUCCCAAACGAGGGCAAUCCGCUCUCACUAUCUCACACCAUUCUCUCCGACACCUGUCAUCGAAUCAAGACAGUGGGGGUGGACUCGCUGCAGCUGCCACCAUCACAGGGUAUGCAGCCGCCAAUUCCAAGCAACGUGCUUGUCAGUCGGCUGGCAGGGACUGGGGCAGCGCAGCGAGACGGUGGCUAUUUCAAGGUGCAGCCAUGGCAGCGUGUGGAAUCCUCGUCAGAGGCCGAGGCCCACUGCUCCCGAGUACUGGUUGUGGCCUUUGGCAGCGCUCCGGCCGUGCCCAACUGGGCGGGACUGCUGCGCAAGGUGAAGGGGGACAUGGGUCUCACAGCAGCCAUGGGAGGAACUACCACGCCCUUUGACACACUCUAUGUUGUCGAUUCCACCCGCUCCUGGUACACGCACGCUCCCCUCUCCACACUCUCACUAGCAGCAAGCAAUGCGAACCUGACACCACCACCUCCUCCUAUGCUCUCUCAUGUUGGUGCCUUCUCCAUGAACCAAGUUGACUCAUCACAAGUUAGUUCUAGUGCUGGUGGCUACACGGAUGGGGCGUACUAUCGGAGGGAGAUUGCAGCAGCAGUGGAGGGAUAUGACCGCGUGGUCAUGAUUGGAGAUUCCAUGGGUGCCUCAGCUGCCCUCAUGUUUUCGGAAUUCGGAUCAAGUGUUCUUGCCUUUUGUCCACAGGUGGACCUUAUCUCAGCCAGUAUUCGGCCUGGUCGUGACUCUGCUUGGCUCAGCUCGUUCACAGAGAACCUCCUUUCCUCAAUGGAAUCACACGCUGCUUCAAAACCAAGAGCACCUGCCUCAGGUGAGAGCUUGAAUGGAGCAUGCUUUGUUUCAGGCACUGGUUCAAUUACGGUCAGCAGCAGCACUGCUGAUGCAGCACAGGAGAUGGUGCUGGGAGCAUUGUGCGCAUUUAUCUCACAACAUGUUGUGGAUGUGGCAGGUUGA